CUUCUCAACGUCCCUUCCCUCCACCCCCACUUUCCGAACCCGAUUCUGAGAAUACAAAACCCUAAUCCCCAUCCCCGUUUCCCCCUCCCCUCCGAUCGAUCGAUCAAUCGAUGCGCUCUCCGCCAUGGAUACGAUCGUCUCCGCCGCACUCGAGGAGAUCUGCGCCCGCGCCGCCGCGGGGAUCCCCGUCGCCGAGCUGUGGCCGGGCCUCCGCGGCGCCCUCGCCGCCGCGGGACUCCCCCUCUCCGCCGACGUGAAGAAGGCCCUGUGGUCUCGCCUCCUCGCCCUCCCCGGGCUCCGAUUCGAGGCCGAGGGCUCGUCGCUCGGCCCUCGGGAUCCCUCCGUCCAAUGCCUGGACGAAGCCGAGAGGGGCGGGUUGAGGGUUCUUGCGGAGGAUCACGUGCGAGAUAGCUUCUUGGGAAUCUAUGAUCUUAAAGCCGCUAGCUGCGAGAUCUCGUCGAUACAGCGGUCGGCCCUCGAGCGGCUCGCCGCAGCUAGGACUAAUGGAAUAACACAGAGCGAACUUGCUAAAGAAUUUGGCAUGAAAGGAAACAAUUUCUUUUAUGUUGUAAAGAACCUUGAAGUCCAACAGCUGGUUGUCCGUCAAUCGACUAUAGUAAGGGGUAAAGAGCCUGGAUCUGAUAGGAAAGAUGCUUCGGAAAGCACUUCUAUUGUUACUACCAACUUACUAUAUUUACAUCGUUUUGCAAAAAACUUGGAUUGGAAUUCUCAAAAAAGGAUUGAGAUUUCUAGGCCCGAUAAACCAGCAAGUGACGGUGAUGCCCAUGGCUGUUCUUUACGUCAUGAUGGAGCUCUCGAGGAUGAUGUUUCCAUUAGGGACUUUCUGCCAGCAAUGAAAGCUAUUUGUGAUAAACUCGAAACAGCAAGCGGAAAGGUUCUUGUGUCUUCAGAUAUCAAGGUGGCUCUCGGUUAUCGUUUGACCCCUGGGCACAGAGCUUGGAGGAAUAUCUUGAACAGGCUGAAAGAUGCUCGGCUUGUGGAAGAAUUUCAAGGAAAUGUUGAUGAGAAGGUUGUGACCUGUUUACGCUUGUUGAGGAAAUUUGAUCCGAAUGAUUUUGUGCCUAAAACAGUAGUGGGUGGAUACGAUGUGCUUGAUUCGGAACAUCUGGUCAAACAUGGUAAAAGAGGUCAGAUAACCGAUCAGCUUGUGGAGCUUCCAUUAGAUCAUUGUAUAUAUGAUAUGGUUGAUGCUGAAGGGCCAAAAGGAAUCACCAUUCCUGAGAUAUGCAAACGUGUUGGAUUUAAUGCUAAGAAGCUUUAUAAGCGACUGAUUACCAUGAGAGAAAGGUUUAACAUGCCCUGGCAGGCUGAGAUUCAGGACAGGACACCACAAUAUCGAGUUUGGACCCACAGAAACUAUUUGAACUAUAAGGCUGGUACAACAGUUAAUGGAAGCUCUGAAGCACUUCCUGAUGAGAAGGAACUUUCUACUAGGCCGAAGACCUUAAUUCCAUUCAAUCAAACAUCUCCAAGUGUUCAAUUGGAAGACUUGUUCCACAGUAAAGUAGUCACGUGCUCACCGAAGACUGUUUCUGGAACUGUCGAGUCACAGUUACCGAGCAAUUUUUCAGGAGGUGAUGGAGAUUUCGAACCUAAACAUCAAGUUGAACACCAAAAUGACAUUGAGGAGCCUUCUGCUAAUAAUGAUGAGCCAAAGCAUUGCUGUAGUGAAAUAGCGCAACACUCCAAUGCUCAACAGUCAGGCAGCCGUCCCUCUGUUUUAUCCAUAGUAGCUAAAAUUGAAUCUGUUCAGAGGCAUCGACGUCUUCCAUCUUCUACUAGUACUACGAGGGAACGAUGGAUACUGAAAAAACUGAAGAAAGAGAAAUUCUUCCUACUAGUUGAACUCUAUAAGUGGCUUGAGAGGCUUGAGAAUUAUAAGAGCAGAAGAAUGGAUAAGAAGUCAUUAACCCGUAUACUUAACAGACUUCAACAAGCAGGGAUGUGUAAAAGCAUUCAAGUUAGUAUGCCAGGAUUGACAAACUAUAGUCGAAAUCGUAUAACAGAAGUGGUAUUGCAUCCUUCCAUUACUCUAUCCUCAGAACUUCUUGAUCAAAUUCAAAAAAGACGGAGAGACUUUGAUAUUGAAAUCCGUGGAGGGGGUUUAAGUAGAAAGAACAAUCGCCAACCUGUGACUGUACUAACUGGUGUGAGGAGGUCUCUAACUCGUGUUGAUGACAGACCAGUAAUAGUACAGGCUAUGCAUAAUAAUGGAUUUGUUGAUGCUAAGAUGGUCCGUGCAAAGCUCUUGCAUAAGUUUCUCUGGAGCUAUCUGACUAAUUUGCCUGAUUGGCCUAAUGCAUUUAACUCUGAGAAUCGUGGCUACGAUGUAAAGAAUCCUAACAGCACAUGCCAACUAUUUGCAUUGGAGGAGGCUAUAAAGGAAAUGCCACUUCAACUGUUUUUACAAGUUGUUGGAACUGCAAAAAAGGUUGAUAAUAUGGUAGCAAUUUGCAAACUUGGAGUGAGGCUUUCUGGUCUUCCUUUCCAGGAAUACAAGCGAUUGAUGGAUACCCUGGCAACUGGGCGACUUUCACGCAUAAUCAAUAUUUUAUAUCGGCUAAAGUUAAUUCAAUUAGUGAGGGAAGGGCAUCCAGAGGAUGAAAGUGUGCUACAACAUGCUGUCCUUAGGCAUGCUAUGGAGCUGAAGCCUUAUAUUGAAGAACCUCUGUCAAGAUCUAUGCCAUCAUCAUGUGUCAAUGCUAAUCGCAGUCCAAGAAUUCGACAUGAUUUUGUCUUUUCAAAGCAGGAUGCUGUUGAUGCUUAUUGGGAAACCUUGGAGUAUUGCUAUGCAACAGCUGCCCCAGCUGAUGCAUCACAUGCAUUCCCUGGUUCUUCUGCUCCUGAGGUCUUUCAUCCUCGAUCAUGGACUUCUCUUCGGGUUAUGACUGCUGAACAGCACAUGGAGCUGCUCAACCGUGUGACAAAUGUGGACCGAGAGAAAAAAAUUUCAUUGAAGGAUUGUAUUAGGAUUGCUAGGGAGUUGGAUCUCACAGUAGAACAGGUCCUUCGUAUCUCCUAUAGUAGGAGACAAUCACGCCUUUGUGGAAUUCCCAGAAAACUAAUAAUAUCCAAGGAGCAGGGUAACUAUCCAGAUGCAAAGAGUUCUAGAUCUUCUUCUCGAAAAAGAAAGAGAUCAGACAAAGAUGUGAUAGUUGAUCAUGCUGAAGAAAAUGAUAACUCGAGCAGAUCAAGUAAACCAAAAAUAUCUAAUCCGCCUCUUUUUAAGGAGAAAGAAGAUAAUUCUCUUAGAAUAUCACCUUGUGGAAACCAUGACAUUCACUUGCCAGCACCUGGAAAUGACAAUCAUCGUAGUGAUGAACAUGAGUAUGAGACGCACGAUGAAGACAGCGAGAACCAUGCUUUCAUCAAACAGUGUGCCUUCUUAAAUCGAAAGCCGAUGCGCAGGAAAAGAUUCACGUGGACUGACAAGUCAGACAGGCAACUGGUAAUGCAAUAUGCAAGACAUCGAGCGGCUCUUGGAGCAAGAUUUUUCCGUGUUGAUUGUUGGGACUCGCUCCCUGAUCUUCCAGCACCUCCGGAUACCUGCCGAAGGAGGAUGGCUGUGUUAAAUCGUAAUGAUGAUGUCAGGAAAGCGGUGCUGCGAUUUUGCAAUCUUCUUGGAGAAAGGUAUGCUACGUACCUGGAUACAGCACGAAGAAUAAGGGAAAAUGUUUCUCUUCCUCGUAAUAAAGAAGCUAUUGCAGAAGAUGGUUUGGAGAUGAACUUUGAACAACAUAGUUGGGAUGAUUUUGAAGACCCAGACAUAAAGCACGCCAUUGAAGAAGUCCUUCGGUACACGAAGAUGGCAAAGUUGGAAUAUCUUCACAGAGUUGGAUCCAAACAGGGAAAGGAGUGGUCAGAUAUUCCUCCUGCUGAUGGGGUUACGCAAGAUGAACAAAUUAAUACUUCGAUAGAUCCUAGAGAGGAAAUUCAGAAUAAUAUGGAAGGAGGCAAAAGUGCCAGCAUCGUAUCUCCAAAUGGUCGGAAUACUCUGAUGUCUCAUCGUUCUCAUGGGAAGUUUGUCAAGCUCUUAAAUAAUAGAGUGAUUAUCAAGAGGAGAGUAUGUGAAUCUCUAGCAGUUGCUAAUGCUGUCGAACUCCUUAAAUUGGUAUUUCUGUGUACAUCUGCAGCACCACAAGUUCAAACAUCAUUGGCAGCUACUUUGCGGCAAUAUUCUGAAAGCGACAUAUUUACUGCGUUUAACUAUCUCAAAGAAAAGAAUUUCAUGGUUGCUGGGCAGGGUACUCAACCAUAUGUCCUUUCCCAAAAGUUCUGGUGCAAUGCUGCUUCUUCUCCAUUCCCCGUUGACACAGGAAAAAGGGCAGCUAACUUUUCUAGAUGGCUUGGCAAUGAAGAGAAGAAUCUUAUGGAAGAUGGAAUUAGUCUUACUUCUGAUUUACAGUGUGGGGAAGUUGUCCAUCUCUUUGCCCUUGUUUUUUCUGGAGAGCUUGUUAUCUCACCCUCCUUGCCAGAGGAAGGAGUUGGUGAGCCUGAGGAAUCAAAUAGCUCAAAUCUUCCUAUGGAACAGCUAGAUCAGUUUGGUGAUCAGUUUGGCGAUGGAAAGGUAUUGAAACGUAAAAGUGACAAUGUGGAGCUAAGCAGUGACGAGAUUGCUAAGAAACAAAAACUUCUGUCAAAAAUAGACAGUAACUUCUGUACCCGCAGAGAGAAAGGCUUUCCUGGUAUCCAAGUGGUUCUAAAUCGUGAAACAAUUCCCAGAGAUGAGAUUAUUUGGUGCACAACAGAUAAGGAAAUCAUUGCCUUUUCUUCAUCAUGUGAUAAGAACAACCAAGGAAAUCCUGAUUCAUUUGUAGCAACAAAUGAUGGUCAAUCAUUAUCAAGUCGCUUGAAUUCGUGCCAACAAUUUUUACCUGGCAUUCAGUCAGAAGCAUCUCAAAGUGAACCGCAUUGGGAUGCAAUAUCCAGUUAUGCUGCAUGCUUUGUUCCUGCUGGGUCGAAUAAACCCUUUACCUUUUCUGCCGAGCUGUUCAGAUCUAUGCAUUCUGCUAUCCGUCAGGCUGGUGAACAAGGAUUGACCUUGAAAGAAAUAUCUGAAACUAUGGAGCUACAAGGCGUGGAAUUUGCAGAAGUCAUUGUUGCCACCCUUGAAGUAUUCAAAUUUUGUCUGAAGGUUAACGGAUAUGACACUGUUCGUGUGGUUGAUUCAUCAUAUAGAUCAAAGUAUCUUAUAAACUCGCUAGGCGAUCGCAAUCAUGGUGAUAUGCCAUCUCAUGUGAAAUCGCAAGCAGCCAACAGUGGAGAAUCUGAACACCCAUCUCCCCACAUGCAGGAGAGAACCCGUGAUUUCCAGGAAACCUGUGUGAACCUCAGUGAUGGGCAUAAAGUAACUAUUCUUGAUGUACCUUGUGAUCCUGCACUACUCUGCAUGGAAAGCACAAAUAAUGAAGGCACCAGUGUUGUUGGUGAAAGUGCACAAAAGGAAGUUCCUAGCUCCCAAAAGAAAGAAGCCGGGCUAAACAAUUCAUCUGCUGGAUGUUUAGGAUAUGUUCCGCAGCCAAUACUACCAUGGAUAAAUGGUGAUGGCAGCAUGAACACCGUCGUUUACAAAGGUUUUACACGUCGAGUCCUUGGGACUGUCAUGCAAAAUCCUGGUAUAAUGGAGGAUGAUAUCAUACACAAGAUGGAUGUAUUAAAUCCUCAGAGCUGCAGAAGACUCUUGGAAAUGUUGGUUCUGGAUAACCACCUGAGUGUUAGAACACUCUAUCAAACUACUUGUGCUACUCCAAAUAUACUGCAGAGUCUUCUCCCUUUCGAUUUGAAUAAACCUAAGUUGGUGUAUAGGAAACAUUUCUUUGCAAACCCAAUGAGUACUUUUCUACUGUAAUAUAAUCACACUUGCUUGUUGUACAGUUAUGUAUAUCAGGCCUAUUUAUACGUAUUUUAAUUGCUAAGGUUGUCUUUUUCUUUUUAUCGUUUUGAACUCUCAAAUGAAUGCAAACAGAUAGUAGAUUCAACUAAACCAAA